CCAGCAGCAGCAACAGCAGCAGCACAACAGCAGCAGUAAUAGAGACAUCAGAGGUGGAGCCUGGAAGUGACAGUGACAGCAGUAGCAGCAGUGGUUUCAGAGGCAGCAGCAACAGCAGUGGUAUCAGAGGCAGCUGCAGAGACAGUAGUGGCCCAGGCAGUAGUGGCAGUAGCAUUGGUGUCAAGGGUGACAGUGGAAGCUGAAAGCCUUUAGAUCAAAACCGAGUCUUGAGACAGUUUGUUAGCAUUCUGCCUCCUUAAGCAAAAGGUCCCUUUGAGCUCCUUUACAAAAGUGUUAGCAGUAUAUUCUCUUGUUUGGUGGUUUUAGUGCUCUCUUUGUAGACAUUACGUUGUGAAGCGACUGUUCACAGAUUGCACUUGCUUUUAACCUCAUUGUGAACUCCCAGUCAUGGAUAGUAUAGCUCUUCUAUACAUAAAGAUUUAUUCUAGUGCUGGGAAUGGUAGCCUAGUGAUAAGGCACUUGCCUAGCAUGGAUAAGCUCCUAGGUUCCACCCUCAGCCCCAUAAAGUCACUCAUGUUAAGUUGAUUUAGAUAUUAGGUACAUGAAAUAACAUAUUAUGCAUUUCUUUUCAGGAGUACGUUCGCCUCUUAGAUGACUAAGCAGUUUCACAAGUAAACCUCCCUGCAAGUCUAACAGUAAUAGGCUCGAAUCAGAGGAAGUGGAUUUUCUCCUGUUGCACAGCAAUGAUGUCUGCCUCCAGAGAAAUGGAUCGGAGAGAACCUCACUCAUCUGAAAUUCGUGAAACUGAAGAACCAAAAGCUAUUUCUGAUAUCUUGAACUAUUGUCAGGUGGUAUACAAAACUGUUCAAAACCUGGAAAAGAAGUUUGAUGACAUGAAUGAAAAAGUAACAAAAAUUUAUCAAUCUCGUGCCAGAUCUUUCUGGCAUUACCCUCCUCAUAGAUCAGCAACCAGAAGAUACAAUUACCUGACACCUAAGAGACGUAAAAUACAGAGACUGAGACGAUUCAUUCAUGAUAAUUCUAUCUCCUAUCCUCAAAGUUACAGUUCAACUUCACCAGUCCGCACAAGGGAUGGCGAUAGCCAGGCUAUGUGGAACAGCCAGACUACAGAUUACACUCAGACUUUCCAGUAUGCAGAUGCUUUUGACAACACCCAAACUUUCCAGUAUGCUGAUGUUAUUGACAACACCCAGGCUUUCCAGUACUCUGAUUCUAUUGACAACAGCGAGAGUACCCAGAACACUGAGAACAAUACUGUUUCCCAGGAAGUAGUAUUUACUAUGUCUUCACCAGAGAGGGCCUAUCAAGAAACUCCAUCUAGUCCUACAUAUACUGCCCAAACCUACCAACAAUAUUACAAAUUUAAAGACAUUCCUGGGUCUUCUACAAUGACAUACUACAGCAACUUUGAAAAUACCAACUCAGACACCAUCACUUCUGCAGGUUCAACAGUGAAGGAAGCAAGUCCCCUCCCUCCAGGGGAGCUCAUCCCCAUCCAGAAUCCUGAAAUGAGGCGAUUGGCCUUACUGGAAGCUCAGCGUGUACCUGUGAUUGAUCCUAACACUUUUGGUUCAUCAUCCCAGUGCAAUGAUGCUGUUGUGAGACACCUUGGAAACCCUUUAAACUGGUCUGUGAAUGAUGUGAUAACAUUUCUGAACCGUCUAGACCCUCCGUUGGCAGACCAACUCUACACAACCAUCAGAAAACAUGAUAUCGAUGGGAAAGCCCUGAUGCUGCUCAGUACUGAUGUAAUGAUAAAAUAUAUGAAGGUGAAGGUGGGAGUAGCCAUGAAGUUUGGGAGCUACAUUCAAAAGCUUAAAGAUGGAGUGAAUUGUGGCCAGUAAAAAUGUUUGUAGAACUUGAAAUGUUCUCAUAAAUCCCUUAUUAAUGCACAGUUGACUCCCUAUGCUCAUUAGUUUUUGUUUUGGAGAAGGUUCUCCUAAAAUAUAACUAGAAUUGAAAAAAAUACAUUAUAGUUAAAGUCUGCUUUGAGGUACAUUUAACGUACUAGUAUUAACAUACAUAUGUGACUUCUGUAGAGUUUUCAUUUUAUAGUUAAAAAUAGGCUUGAUCCAAGAAACAAAAAGCUACCUUUGAUUUGGGUUUAACUUUAUACAUAUCUUUAAAGCAACUAAAGAUGAAAUAUAAGGAACUAACAACAUAUAAUUAAAGUGAUGAAAUUUUUUCAUAGAAGAGAAAUUAAAGAAUAUGAAGUUACCCUUCUUGAAUAUUUUAUCUGUACAAUACUGUAGUAUACUUCUUAUGUUCUACCAGUUUUUAGAAAAAAAGAAUAGCUAUAUAAUUUAUUCCCCUCUACUACUACAUCUCUGUUAUGAUUAUUCAGAUUCAGAAGGAUAAAAUGAAGUUUAUGAAGUGUCUAAUGAGCUCCAGACAACUAAAUAUUUGAACAAGACUUUAGAUAAAUUUUAGAGGUACAGAAUGUUUGUUUUACCUUAUAAUUGUAAGUCAACAGUAGUUUGGAAUAAGGUUAACUAUAGUUUUAACAUGCAUACUUACUAAAUUAAAGCCUCCAUGUUUUUAAAAUCAAAUUUGGGCACUUAUCUAAGAAUUCAUUGUUCAAAUGUCUAUAUGACAAUACUCAUACUCAAAAAAUUUUGAAGAUAUGUAUUUGUAUUUUCUGUGCUUAUUCUGUAAACUGUGUAUGUGCCACUUGUCUCUACUAUUCCUUCUCAGUUUAGCCUUCAGUUAGUCAGAAACUGUGCCAAUGCUAGUUUCCACAUAUGUCUUGUGCCAUAUUUGUUCCCUAUUGAAAAAUACACUAGUCUGACAUGUUUGGAAGUUUAUUUUAUAAUUUAAAACUUUCAAUAGAAACAUGAAUCUUUUGUUAUUGCUUGUCAUAUUGUAUAACUUUUGAAAUAAGAUAAAUUGAGAAUUGAUACUAAUAACUUUGGCUACUUGUUGAAAAUGGUAAUGAUGUAUUAACCAGGGGCAAGAAUUUGCAUUAUUUCUUUAGAAAACAAUGGGUACUAGUUACUGAACACAGGUGGUUUAAAGGAUUGCUUCAUUUAUAUUCCUGCUUAUGUGUAAAGACAUUCUAACUUCAUGCAUUACAAAUUGUAUAAAGAUAUUAUGCACAUUUGAACAUCUUCAGAUGCUUGAAAAACACUGUGUUGUAUAUUUUUCAGAUUUCAAAAUAUAA